CUCCGACUAGCGUUUGUUUCACUUCGCCUCCCACGCUCAUUCCCUUCCCCAUUACAUUACCAUGUCCAUAUUAAUCGCGUCUCUGCCCCGUCCGUGAUCGAUCUGCGUCGCCAUUGUCGUAUGCAAGCAUGCAAAUCGUUGUUGCUAGCUGUACCAGAUCGAUGACAACCCAAUCUUCGCUGCCAAAAUGGAUAUGAUGUCAAACGGGCCUGCGACUUUUGCGCCUGCCGCAACUUCAGGCUCCGAUCUCCAUUCGACUACCAGUUCGACCGGCCCAACCCUCGCUGCGACAUCUACCUCUUCUUUAACCUCCCUCAAUGACUACUCCAACUUUCCCCUGAUCCGCCAGGGCGAUCGCACAUAUCUUAGAGACCCCGAAAAUAACUACCCUCUCCCCUGCGAUCUUCAGGAAAUCCAUCGUCAGACCCUGCGCUCGCUCAUGCUCAUGCGCGUGUUCGGGGGUCCAUUCUGCAACCCCCACCUCGCCGACCGUCCCCCAAAGCGGGUUCUGGAAAUCGCAUGUGGUUCAGGCCUCUGGUCCAGUAUGAGCCAUGAAUAUUUCACUCGACGCGGCCACCGCAACGUGUCUUUCCACGGUAUCGACAUCGUCUCCGUCGCCCCCGAUCUGCGCAAGAAAGGUGUUCAUUGGCAAUUUCGAAGGCACGACCUUCGGAAGCCCCGCCUGCCUUUCCCCGACGACUAUUUCGACUUUGUCUUCAUUAAGGACGCAGGAAUGUGUCCAGCUAGUCCGGCGCUGCAAGCGUCCGGGUUAAGCGAGCCACUGAGGGUGCUCAAAUCUGGCGGAAUUCUGGAAAUCUGGGACUCUGACUGGGUCUUUCGGUCCUUGCUUCCCAAUCCCGCACCCGCUCGCAAAUUGGCGUCAAGGGAACAAGAGACGGCCGAUGCGACCGCGACUUACACCUUUUCUUCCGCAACCCCAUUCACACGAGUUCAGAACAAGUUUCUCCAGGACUAUAACUCUUGGGUCGAAAAGGCCUUUGACCGACGCAAAUUGACAGCCUUGCCGUGUGCGACAAUUGGCUUGUCUUUCAACUCAGAAGUCGAUGUACUAGAGAACGUUGAUAGUCGCCGCAUCGCUAUCCCGCUAGGCGAACUACGGUGGGAACGUGAAGGUCAUGGGAAGGAUCCGGUCGGCGCGUCACGCAGACAGUUGACCGCAGAUCAAUUGUCCAUCCGGCGCACGGCCCUUUUGACCGUAGUUCAGAUGAUUGAGGGCAUGGAGCAUAUCCUCAUGGAAGCUAGCGGUAAGACCAGAGAUGAAUGGGACAGGUGGUGGGCUGCCAUGAUUGCCGAUCUGUUCCAGAAGGGAAGCCUCGCGAAUGGGGAGUGCUUGGAAGUAAGCGCUUGGUGGGGACGAAAGAAAUGAACCGUCUGUCAGUGAAGAGGAUACAAGCUCAAUUGCCGGUAAUCUGGCGAACGCGGGAAAGAAAAAAAAAAAAGACACGGAAAGCGUCGUGACCAUUGGUCUCUCUCAUAUUGGUGAUACCCCACUUUUUCUCCUUUCAGUUUUCGCAUAUAUAUAUUCCUUGGUGUAAUAUUCUUGAGAACGUGUUAUUAAGGCUCCAUGGUAUUUUGAACGGCCGGGAUCA